AUGAAAAAGUCCGAGAUUGGGAAGUCAAAUAGUCUAGGUGGGUCCUGCAUCAAGAUAUCAUUUCUCUUGAAAAGAGAAUGGAAAGCUGAUAUUGGUCAAAGAAAUCUUUUGGCUGGAAAUUUGGAGAAAAUGCUAACUUCCAUGUUUGAAGCGUUGGGAAAAGGACCUGCUCAUGUGAAUGAUUUGACUCUCAAUGAAGUUGACGACUACACAAAAGUUUUUUUCCAUCUUCAGAUGCCAGAUUUGACCAUGAUUAAUGGAGAGGAUCAUCGAGAAUUGACAAUAACUCUCAACACAACAAUCAUAAGCAACUCGGGAUCCAAUUCACUGUUACAAACUUUGAAUACCAAAUCGAUUGAAAUAGAAGAAUGCGAAGCUUGUGAUCGAGAAGACAGCAAUAAUUGCGGAUCUGGUACUAAAUGCUAUAACUUACCCGGAAGUUAUUAUUGUCUCUGUUCACCCGGUUUUGAACCCGUGCCAAGAAGCAAUAAGCUACCAUUUCCCAUUAAUUGUAAAGAGAAGAGAGUAUCAAAAGAGAUGUCUUUGGUGAAGCCUGUUCGCAUUCCUCCAAACUUUUUAGCGUGCGAUCGUGCAAAAUAUGACAUUGUAAUUAUGGUUGAUGGAAGCAGAACAGUAACAGAUCCAUCGUACAGACUCGUAUUACGGGCCGUCACAAAAUUUAUUGAUUACUUGGAGAUCGGACCGUAUGCAACUCAAAUUGCAUUCGUACAAUAUUCAAGGAAUAUUAAAGUUGCUUUCUACUUGAAUGACUUUGCAAACAAGAAGAGUCUUAUACAAGCAGUUGGCAACAUUCCGUACUCGGGAUUUGGUACAAAAACUGGAUUAGCAAUACAAAAACUCCAGGACGAGGUUUUGUUGUCUUCGCGCGGAAGAAGACAACGAAACGAUCUUCAUGUCAUUAUUAUUACUGAUGGGAAAAGUGCGGACGAUGUAACUUUACCUGCAAGUAAUCUGCACAAGAUCACCUCUCAUGUGCAUGUCAUUGGAGUGUCCAAUCACGUCGAUAAAAAGGAAUUGAGAGAUAUAGCUGGCUACGAUGGAAGAGUUACUACGUAUCCAAAUUUCAAAUUACUUGAACAAAAGAUGCCUGCCAUGUUACGUAACUCAAUAUGUCCAUCAUAUGGCUGUUCUGAAAACAAUGAUUACCUGGACGUAAUUUUUGCUCUUGAAACAACACUUGCUACUUCAGGAAAUUUGUUCGGUGGAAUGAAAAAGUUUGCCUUAAAUGUGGCCAGCCAAUUUAAUGUUGGACAGCUAUCAACUAAAGUUGGUGCUGUGACCAUGGGCUCGACAUCAUCGAUAGAAUUUUUUCUCGAUGAACAUGAAACUGGAACUGAAAUUGCAAAAGCCUUGGAACAAAUUACUCACAAUGGAAGGGAGCCAAAGUUAUUACUUGGCAAAGCACUACAGUUUAUUGAAGCAAAUUUACUGCUGAAUAGAAAGGGCAGACGACCAGGAGCUGGACUGGUCAUAAUUGUUGUUACCAAAGGGAACCUACCGGAUGAUUUUGCUUCGGCUGCAGCUUCAUUAAGAAAUCAAGGCGCUGUUUUACACAUCGUUGGAAUAGGACCAUUGAGAAGAAAACUAAUGGAAGAAAUAUCAUUACCACAAGGCGUGGUGUUUGGUACAACCGAAGCAACGUUAAAUUCUACUGAAAUAUCAAGAAGAGUUUCGAAAGAGAUCAAAAAGGCAGGAAAUUGUCCUAGAAUCUUUCCUCCAGUUGGAAUUCAAGUCCAUAUAAUAAAUGAGAAAUCGAUUCAUGUUUCUUGGAAAUCCAGAACUGGUGUGAACUCAUUUAUAGUCUAUCUGUAUAAAGGUGAUGGUCGAGAUGCAUCCAGCUAUAUCAAGCAGGUUCGAGUCACAGGAAAUUCCUAUGUAUUUGAUGAAAAAAAUGGUUUUCAACCUGGAACACAAUAUUCUGUUAUGGUACAGACAAGACGGGGACGAGGAGGAAAAAAUUCCAAUGUUGUAGAGUUUUGGACAGAUCCUGCACAAGUUACGGGCGAUAUAAAGGUAGUCAGAUUGGCAUCAAAUUUACAAAUAUCAUUUCCGCCUGUUGUUGGAAAUGUUGACGAAUAUAAAACUGUAUUAGUUAAUGCUUUGACGAUGGAAGUACUAGCUGUUGAUACUAUCAAUGUUAAGAAACAGAAGUCUGUUAAAGAUAUAAUUGCUGUUUUCCAAAACAAUAUACCUGGAAAAUACUUGUUCCUUGUUACCACUGUGAGUGGCCCAAAGUCAUCAAAGCCUGUGCCAUUUGAUUUUUUGGUUGAUGAACUUGAAAUACCGAAGAAUUUGAAAACUGUGUUAUCCAGGACCAACAUGCUUGGUAUUACGUGGGAUUCUAUCAAGAAUGUCGAAGGAUAUCUUGUCGAAUUGACAGGCCCAUUGCCAGGAGAUAGUACUUUUUUGAUACACAAAACAAGUGAUCCAAAUUAUACCUUUCAAAAAUUAUCACCAGCAAAUCAAUAUGAAAUCAAAGUCAGAUCUUUUAUAAAUAAUAUGGAGCAGACCAGUGAUUAUUCAAGGAAACAUAUCUCCAAUACCGCUCCACUGCCUAUUACAACAUUGAAACCAACAAUGACUUCUGAUGGUGUUCGAGUCAAGUUUGUUGGAGUGGAAAAAGUUGAUCAUUAUAUACUUUCUAUCAAAUUUGGAAAAGACAUGGAUAAUAAAAACAUUUUGGACAAGUUUGAGGCAUAUCAAUUCUUACCUUUUUUUUUUCCUUCUAUAUUAUUAAUUAAGAACGCACAAAAGUUAGCAACAGAGUUUUAG